CAAUUUGACUUGUGAUUUUGAGCAAGAAAUCCUUGAAUUGAACUUUGAAGUUUGAGGAAAUUGCAUUUAAUUCGGUAAAUUUUCGCAGAUUUUUAGAAUUUUCAAAAUGUUAGGCCGAACUUUAUUAUUACGAAAUCCGUACUUCGCCAAGCCUUCCUUAAUCUUAAGAAACCUGACCGUCUCUUCACCAACCUACGAUAUAAUAAAAAUUCAAAGUACUGAUGACUUCAAAGCUAAAGUUAUCAAUAGUAAAACUCCUGUUGUUGUGGAUUUCUUUGCUACAUGGUGCAAUCCUUGCAAGCUGCUUACGCCGCGGCUAGAGUCCAUAAUCUCAGAGAGUAAGGGAAAAGUGAUUCUGGCCAAAGUGGAUAUUGAUGAACAAACAGACUUAGCUCUAGAUUACGAAGUUAGCUCUGUACCAGUACUAGUAGCCAUCAAGAAUGGUAAAGUACAACAAAGGUUGGUUGGAUUGCAAGACACAGACAAGUUACGGAAGUGGAUUACGCAGUUUACGUCUGAUGACUCUGAAGUCAAUGUCCACAAUUGAAUCUUAUUUUGCUGUUGGAAUAGAAGAGUAAUUUUAGAUACUCUAUAAAUGUAUAUAUAUAAUAUUUUUACUUGGGACUUUGACAUAUUCUCACAUUGUGUAGUUUCAAUUAGGUCAAACAAUAGAUAACAUUGAAAGUGAAUGAAGAUGACAUCUUGCUUUUAAUAAUUUAACACUGCAAUGUGUGAAUAUGUUAACCUAGGUAAUCCCAUCAGUCCAGGAAUUCAGCAGAAACCAAGGGCCGAGAAGUUAAGUAGUCACAUAGUCUUCACCUAAGUCUGUUGUGUGAAUAAGACAAAGCUGUAAAAUGUAUAAAUACAUAUCCUAACAAGGUUUUAACAUCUGUGCAGUUAGGACAUGUUGUAACUCCAGGUGUCUGGUGCAUUCCAAGUUCAAAGUUACAUCAUUGAAUAACCAAAAUUUGCAUUCUGCAAAAUAAUGCUUGCAUACAAUUUAUAAUUUUGUAAAAAUAAAUUAUUGUUCUUGUUAUAAUAUUUAUGUAGUUGAAAUAAAAUGAAAGUACAUAGUUG